CGGGCUCGGCGGCCGGGCGGGCGGCCGGGAUGAGGGCGGCGGCGGCGGCAGCUGGAGCCGCGCGGAGUCGGCAGCACCAUGGAGACGGGCGGAGGCGGCUUCCUUGUGCUGCUGCUGCUGCUGCUGCUGCUGCUGCCGCCGCCCGGGGCCGCCGCCGAGGAGGUUGUUUUGCUGGAUUCUAAGGAGUCACAGGCCGAAUUGGGCUGGACGUCGCACCCAUCGAAUGGGUGGGAAGAAAUCAGUGGAGUGGAUGAAAACUACAAGCCGAUUCGUACCUACCAGGUCUGCAAUGUCAUGGAAUCAAAUCAAAACAACUGGUUGCAGACGGGCUGGAUUGCCAGGCGCAGUGGCCAAAGAAUCUUCAUUGAGCUGAAAUUCACCCUGAGGGACUGUAACAGCAUCCCUGGGGUGGUUGGCACAUGCAAGGAGACCUUCAACCUCUACUACAUUGAGUCAGAUUCUGAUCUGGGCCGCAGCAUCCGUGAGAACAAGCAUACAAAAAUUGACACCAUUGCUGCUGACGAGAGCUUCACCCAGGGGGACUUGGGCGAGCGCAAAAUGAAGCUGAACACAGAGCUGAGGGAGAUUGGGCAUUUGAGCAAGAGAGGCUUCCACCUGGGCUUCCAGGAUGUGGGUGCUUGCGUGGCUCUGGUUUCCGUGCGGGUUUAUUACAAAAAGUGCCUCUCCACGGUGCAGAACUUGGCGGUGUUUCCAGACACUGUGGCAGAAGCAGCUUUUGCAACCCUGGUGGAAGUUAAGGGCACCUGCGUCAAUCAUUCUGAAGUAGACCUGGAUAGUCCUCCCAGGAUGCACUGCAGUGCAGAGGGGGAGUGGUUAGUCCCCAUUGGGAAAUGUACAUGUAGUGCUGGCUUUGAAGAGAAGGAUGAUGGGUGUGAAGCUUGCCCUACUGGAUUUUAUAAGCUAUCCCCCCGACUCCCUCUCUGCUCUCCCUGCCCCGAGCACAGCUUCACACAUCGAGAAGCCUCCACGUUCUGCACGUGUCAGAAGAACUACUCCCGGUCCCCAUCAGACCCGCCAUCUGCCUCCUGCACCCGUCCCCCAUCUGCUCCAAGGAAUCUCAUCUACAGCCUGAAGCAGUCCACGCUGGUUCUGGAAUGGAGUGCACCAGCAGACUUGGGCGGCCGGACCGACGUCACCUAUAACCUCCUUUGUGACCGCUGCUCAGUGGCUCUCCGGCGGCAAUGCGAGCAGUGUGGCAGCAGUGUUGGCUUUGUGCCCCAGCAGACGGGAUUGGUGGACAGGACCGUUACUCUGGUGAACUUGCUACCACAUGUUAACUACACUAUCCGUGUGGCAGCUGUCAAUGGCGUCUCUGAUUUCAGUGCCUUGUCAAAGCCGCAGUAUGUGGAAGUGAACAUCUCCACCAGUCUCACAGCACCAGCUCUUAUCACUGACAUCCACACAGAUACAAUUGAACAGAAGAGCAUUUCCUUGUCAUGGCAGGAGCCGGGCUUCCCAAGUGCCAGUAACACUGAAUACGAAAUCAAGUACUAUGAAAAGGAUCAAAGAGAUCAAAGUUACUCGACCAUGAAAACCGCGUCGACGGCCGUGACAGUCAGUAACCUCAGGCCUGGCACACUCUACGUCUUCCAGAUCCGGACGGCGUCAGCCCAAGGUUAUGGAAACUAUAGUCCUGGCAUCGAAGUGGAGACCUUGGGGGAACUGACUGUGGCUCCCAGUGAGCAGAACCCUAUCAUCAUCAUCGUCGUGGUUGCAAUCACUGGGUUGAUCGUGCUGGUUUCCAUGGUGAUUGGUGUGAUGAUCUGGAGGAGACAGUGUGGGUACAGCAAAGCCAGCCAGGACGGAGACGAGGAGUUGUACUUCCAUUUUAAGAUACCAACCAGGAGGACAUAUAUUGACCCUGACACCUGUGAAGACCCCAUGCAGGCCGUGCACCUCUUUGCCAAAGAGCUCGACAACUCGAGUAUCAAAAUCGAGCGGAUCAUUGGAACAGGAGAGUUUGGAGAAGUCUGCCGGGGAUGCUUGAAACUUCCCAGUAAGAGAGAGCUCCUGGUUGCCAUCCAGACCCUUCGAGCUGGCUGCUCAGACAAGCAGAAGCGCGCCUUCCUGGCAGAGGCUAGCACCAUGGGCCAGUUCGAUCACUCCAAUAUCAUCCGCCUGGAGGGCGUCAUCACCAGAGGAAAUACCAUGGCGACGGUGAUGGAAUACAUGGGGAACGGAGCGCUGGAUUCGUUUCUCAGGAAACACGAGGGCCAGUUCACAGCCGCCCAGCUGACCGGUAUGUUACAGGGGAUUGCCUCCGGCAUGAAGUACCUGACUGAGAUGGGUUAUGUACACAAAAGCCUUGCUGCCCACAAAGUCCUUGUGAAUAGCAACCUGAUUUGCAAAAUAUCAGGCUUCAGACAGUCCCAGGAAGAUAAAAUGGAGACCAUCUUCACCACCAUGAGCGGGAAGAGCCUGGUGCUGUGGUCAGCCCCCGAAGCCAUCCAGUACCAUCGCUUCAGUUCUGCCAGUGCCGUGUGGAGCUUUGGCAUCGUGAUGUGGGAAGUGAUGUCUUACGGGGAGAGACCCUACUGGGACAUGUCCAACCAGGACGUGAUAAAGGCCAUCGAGGAUGGGUUCCGGCUGCCUCCCCCGAUGAAUUGCCAGCCCCCGCUUCACCAGCUCAUGCUGGAUUGUUGGCAGAAGGAUCGCAAUGAGAGGCCCAAGUUCUCACACAUCCACAAUAUCCUAAGCAAGAUGCUUCAAAACCCAGAGCCACUGAAAUGUACCACCUCCACUUGCACCAGGCCUCACAAUCCAUCCAUCCCCCUGGCCGAACGCACUUUCUCAGCCUUCCCGUCCUUCAGCUCCGUGGGUGAGUGGCUGGAAGCCAUAGAGAUGGGCAGGUACAAAGAUAACUUCACCGCUGCGGGGUACUGCUACCUGGAGUCUGUGGCAAGGAUGAUGGUCCAAGAUGUCCUGAGUUUGGGAAUCACCUCAGUGGAACAUCAGAAAACCAUCCUGAGUGGGAUCCAGACCCUGCGAGCCCAGGUGAUACAGAUGCAUGGUCGAGGCGUGCAGGUGUGAGCCCAGCAGGGACGGACACUUUCAGAGCAUUGACUUAAAACUCCCUGGGGACAAUGGUGCAGCAGGGCCGGAGCUGGCCCCUAAACUGGACCAAAUCUCUGAGACUUUAUCAAGAGCAGCUGUGUGAGUGGGAGGUAGGAAGUACAGGUCUGCUGCAAACUAGUCAUUCCAGAGUAGCGAGGGAGUCCAGGAAUUGGUGUUUCCUUCCUGGGGUUCUCCCUACAGCAGCUUUAGUGCAGUGUGCUUGGUUGGUUGUGUUUUUCCCCAGCAAUAUUUUGUAGGAUGAGAGUCAAGCUACAAUGAUGCUGUUUCACAUGGUACCUAGGUUAACAGGGUGGACUGGACACUUGUGUACUGGAUUUGACAGUGUUUUAGUAUCUAGUGUUCUACUGAUAAAUCCAUAGGUAUUUUUUAUACAAGCUGAUGUAUUUUACUGACCCCACGAGUAUCUUCUGUUGUAUAGAGUCCAGAGCACAGCACACUCUAAUGGCCUAGCUUUGAAAGGUGACUUGGCCCAUCCAUUCCUGGCUUCCAGAGGAGAUUCUGAAUUCCCACUCUUCCCCAGCGUGAUCCGUUCCAUUCCAAGAGUUACCUCAUUAAGUCACAAAAAGUGUGUGAAAAGUAACUAAUUCAAACCAAAGUGGCAGGCAAAAGUCCCCAGAUUCCAUCAGAAAUGGGACAGAUAAAAUUAGGGAGUCAGGCUGGAAGAAUUAUUAUUGUAUUAUUGAGAAGAAUACAGCAUGUAUCUGUUCUUCUUCAACUGGACUCUGUCCAUUCCCACUCUUGGGUCGUGCCCACAGCCACUGAAAGAACAACUCUGGUUACAGGUGAGUAGCCUCCAUUUCUCCGCCAUAGACUGUCCCAAUUAACUCCCUAAAACUGUUCUCUGGAGCAGGACUAGAAAUGGCUUGUUAGAAUCACCCUGUUAAAUCCUAGCAUGAUAUUGACGUUUCACAUUACGGAUCAGUAUCACACUAUGUCAGAGCCAGACGGUGCAUCCCAAAGCUGGUCACUGGGUGUGAGAUGCCUGUGCUGUAGCACCAGGAAGAGUUGGGCCGUGUGUGCUGUCUGUGAUGAGAACGCUCUACACUGUUUGGGAGUUGGUUUGAUUAGCCACAGUUGGGGUGUCAGUUUGAGGUAAUCUCAAUGGUGAUGUUACCAGAUUAGAUCCCAAAACAGGAAAUUCUGGCCAAAUGGUGGAAUUGAGUAUCAGAACGGAAUCAAUGAACCAAUGGGAUCUCUGAAACUGUCGUGAAAUCCAGACAAGGCAGGCAGUAUCAGCACCUUGUUUUGUUGUAAAUAACAGGCCCAGUCCUGCAUUCCUUGCACAUCAAACACACCCAUUGUCCUCAGUCAGGGAUCAGACCCUACAUCACCAAUGGCAUUUGCUUAGCAGUACAAGUUUCCUUUAAGUUAGUUAAUUAAAUGGAUUUUUGCAGCCUGGAUUCAGUUGGAUGUACAGAGUUUUGUAGGCCUUUGAUUAUCAUCUAUAAGCAUUACAAGUGAAUUAUCGAUGAUGAAAGACAAAGAUCUACAAAGGGAAUUAAUGCAGUGGAAAGUAUUCAAAGCACAUUGAGAAAUCUGUUUGCAUUGUGAUUCAGAUGUGCCUACUAGACUACACCAUAGGGAUAGAAAACUAAAUUGAAACUAAAUACAGGACCUUAACUCCUCAUAUCCCCUGUAGUGUUGGCACAGUAUUUACCCACUGCCUGGGCAUCCUUCCUUCUGCUCUAAGUGAAACAAAGAGGCAAUAGUAUGUUUUACGUUGGGGAUCUAACACUUUUAUUCAGAAAGAUAUAUUCUGAUGUGGGCUUUUUUAAUUGUCCAUACUUGAGUAAAAUUCUGUUUCGGCUCAGGUACUGUGAUCUAUUCAGAGUCUGGAGACCUGGAGACCAAGGGUUUUGUUAGCAGGAUUUAGUUUUAUUCAGAUUUACGUUGGUUUUGUUGCAUUUCAAAGCAAAAGGGAACGUUCUUCUUGAGAGGAGAUUUUCUCAGAUAACAUUUAACGAACACUGCCUGUAAGGUGGGGAAUGAUGUGUACACAUUUUGUGACUCUCUGUUGACAGUUGCAUGGGACUUGGCUGGCUUGCUUUCUUGGUUAUUUUGUACUGCCUCCUUGCCUCAUCAGGCUGGAUUUAUAUCUGUUUAGUUCCACAGAGGGACAGUAUGGCCCUGGGGAUGGAUGUACAGAGAGUGUUCAUCAUGUCACUACAUUAGAUCCUCUAGAUAUGGCACCAAGAGGGUAUGUAUUUUAAGUACAACAGAAGUCACAGCUAAAGCUCUUUGUAAUGUUCCUGCCCAUAAAGAGGCUUUCAGGCAAUGUCACAGCCAAACUCUCCUGUCAAAGGAUCCUGAAUCCAGGCAGCUCAGACUGUGUGAGCUGACCUUGAGGAAGUUGCCUCCUUUCUUUGCAGGCUUCUGAAACAAAUUUAAGCAAUUCCUUCUAGUAAAGAUAAGGAACAAUGGAGUAACCAAAGCACAAAUUGUGUGCAAAGCAAGAGAUAAGAAAUAUUGCCCUGUGGAGAACUGGACCGGUCAUUUGUGCUACAAAUCUACAGAGCAUGCGGAAAUCAACAUGCCUUUCAACAUACCAUUUCUUGGGGGAAUUGCUGGGGUCGGGAACUCUCCCUGAGGUAGAUAAACUCUCUUCUCCUUUUCACUUCUUCAGUUAAGAAAAAUACACCUGCCCCAAUGUCACCUCGUUAAUGUUUAAUGGAAAGAAUUUGUCUUCAGGGUUCAUCUAAUUCCAGCCCACUUAGUCAACAUCCUGUUGUUUCCUACCCAGACAAAUAAUAAUUGUGAACUGAAACCUUCAUUUGGUAGAAAUGCCAGAUCCUAAGGAUCAAGUGCAAUUUGUAUGCUCUUUAUGUUUACAUUUUAUCUAUAGAGAAAGUGUACUAUAGUCCUCUAGGUAAGAAAUUGAACCAACUUGAUUCCUGAUCAUUUCAUUGCAUUUGAAAUCUUCCCUCGGGUUCCCAGUAUCUGUAACCUCUUGGCUGUGAUCAUUUCUAAGGGUCGUCUGCACUCUGGAUGGUGUGCAGAGGGGCUGUGGAGACCAUUUCUGGAAUAACUGGGUCCAGCUCUGGGCUCUACUCUUUAAAUAGGUGUUGAAAAAUUGGAAAGGACCCAGAGUACGGUGAGACAAAUGAAUUAAGGUCUGGAAAACAUGCCGUACAACAGGAGUCUAAAGGAGUUCAAUCUAUUUAGCAUAUUAGACAAUGUUAACAGGUGACUUGUUCAUGAUCUGUAAGUACCUGCAGAGGGAAAAGCUACCUGAGGACUCGAAUCUAGCAGACAAAGGCAUAACAAGAUCUAAUGGCUAGAAACUGAAGUCAGCAAAGUUCAAAGUGGAAAUCAAUUGCAGAUUUUUAGCAGUGACUCUAAUCAGCCAUAGGAACAGAUUGCCAAGAGAUGUGGUAAAUUCUUCAUCACUUGGAGUCUUUAAAUCAAAACUGGAUCUCAUUCCAAAAGAUGGGGACGAACUGGAGCAUAAAUUGUUGAGUUAGAUGCAAGAAUCGCUGAGUGAGGUUCUUUGGCCUGUAUCGUGCAGGAGGCCAGACUAGGUGAGCAUAAUGUUCCCUUUGGCCUUAAAAUCUACCAUGCUAGCAGAGGAACGCCUAACAUGAGCCCAAGGGCUGGAAGUUGAAGCUAAUCAAAUUCAGACUGGAACUAAAGUGUGAAUGUUGACCCAUGAGAGUAAUUCACCAUUGGAAUAUGGUAUUGAGGGUCGUGGUGGAUUCUCUGGCACUGGCAAUUUUAAAAUUGAUUGGAUAUUUGUCUAAAAGAUUUGCUGUUGGGAUUAUUUUGGGCAGUUCUCUGGCCUGGGCUAGGCAGGAGGUCAGACUAGGUGAUUACAAUGGUCCCUUCUGGCCUUGGAAUCUGUCUCUAUAAUUGGCAGCUCUUGGAGCCAGAUGACUUGUAUUCUGGAACAUGUAAUCAGUCCACUGUCUAACCAAGGAGCAGCGUAUACAGUGGUAUGGCUCCCCUGAGCUAGAUGUGUCCUGUGUUUAUAUCCAAUAGAAUACUAUGCUGCCAGAUGAACUGGCAGACUACCUAGAGGCUUGGCAGUGGAGGUUAAAAGGCGGGGAAGUCCCAGUAGUGUUUCAGCAGCAAUGCUGCGGCUUGUGGGAUGGUCAAGUUUCUUGAGUCCUCACAGAACUGAGACUGAAAUGGGAGGUUCCCUUCCCAGAAGAUUAAGCAUCAUUCCCUGUUGCCUAGGAAUGAUUCAGGUUCCUAUUUUUAGAGAAGCCCUGCACACCUAAAAAUGGCAACCUUACUAACCUCAGAUCUGCUUUCUCUUCAAUCAGUGCAGAGGCUCCAGGAACUCAGUAGCCAAUAGGUAGGUGACAGUAGCCUGAUUUAAGGAAGGAUCUAAUUAAUUCAGAGCGAUCACGACCUGGCACCAUGGAGGUGACUGUGAUGGGGGUGCGGACUGGUUUCUUGGGAAGCACUUUGCAGCUGAAACAUGCUAUGGAAGCACAGAGGAGGGAGGAGACGGAUGUCCCCAACCUAGGUAUUACAACAUUAGUGAGUGGAAUGGCAUAAGCAGCAGCUGGCUAGAAAGAGAGACCAGCCUUUACUAACAGCCCAGGCAAUGGAGCAGCCACAACAGGAAGAAUCAACCACUACAUAUAAAUAGUGUGGGGGUGGUAAAGCUGUUAAUGCAUGGCAGGAGGGGGAGAGUCAGCGCACAGCUGCCCUCUUAGCCCCAGCUUCUUAAAGGACCUCCUGUCUCAGUAGUUAGCUGUGUACUGAGGGGCAAGUUACAGCUCCAUUGACUUCACCAGAGUGACGACCGUUUAUGGCAGCUGAGGAUCUGCUCCUACGUUCUGAAACACCUGGUUUAAUGUAGUCAAAAAAAGUUCUUUCCCUUCUUCUCAAUUAUAAUCAGAAUUGCAAACUGCCGUGUCUCAUGUUAGGUGAACUCUACCUGUUUCCAAAGUGAACCAGGGAGUUUAAUUACUUUGCUAACUAACUCUUUUGAGGGGCUCAGGCUUGGUCAUUGGAAGGGGCUCUCUGUUAGUCCCAUCCAAAAGCUCUGUACUGUGUCUGUCAACAGAAACAAGACAUAACAUUGCCCAUGUCAGAGAACACUUCCUUGAUCUGAACAAUAAACUUCUUUAACUGCGCUCCCUCAUCAACAGUGCAGCCACUAAAUAAGAUGAAUGGAAGAUGUCAUUGAUAGGGUCCUACCAAAGUCAUGGUCCAUUUUGAUGAAUUUCAUGGUCAUAGAAUUUAAAAAAUUAUAAAUUUCAUGAUUUCGGCCAUUUAAAUCUGAAAUUUCACAGUGUUGUAAUUGUAGGGUCCUGACCCAAAAA